CAGAAAAGCUUCCAUUUUAUCGAGGUGCUGUAUUGUCUGAAGAGGAGCGCAAAUAUCAAGCUGCAAAACUAAAGAAAGUGGUUACAAGGUCCAGCGAUUUAUUAAAACGCACACACUGACGAGAUGAGUGGCUGCCGCGUGUUUGUUGGCCGUUUGAACCCCGCCGCCCGCGAGAAGGACGUGGAGAGAUUCUUCAAGGGCUAUGGGAGGAUCCGCGAUAUCGACCUGAAAAGAGGUUACGGGUUUGUGGAGUUUGAAGACCCCAAAGAUGCUGAAGAUGCUGUUUAUGAACUGGAUGGAAAGGAGCUGUGUAGUGAGAGAGUUACGAUUGAGCACGCACGAGCCCGGCUUCGAGGAGGCCGAGGAAGAGGGGGGCCUGGCCGCUUCCCAGACCGCUAUAGCAGGAGAUCACGUGACGGCAGGAGGAAUCCCCCUCCAGUUCGCACUGAAAACAGGCUCAUUGUGGAGAACUUGUCUUCCAGAGUCAGCUGGCAGGAUCUGAAAGAUUUCAUGAGACAAGCUGGAGAGGUUACUUUUGCUGAUGCUCAUAGACCAAAACUAAAUGAAGGGGUGGUUGAGUUUGCUUCUUCCAGUGAUGUCAGAAAUGCCCUUGAUAAGCUAUCUGGUAAGGAGAUCAAUGGAAGGAAAAUCAAACUGACUGAGGCGAUUAGGAGGAGGUCAAGAAGUCGAUCUCGUUCCCGCAGCUCCUCGCGCUCCCAUUCCCGCUCUCGUUCCAGGAGCCACAGCCGCAAGUCUUACAGCCGCUCCCUGUCCCGCAGUCGUUCCCGCUCUGCCAGCCGCUCCCCCGUCCGGGACAAGGAGGUGAAACGCAGCUCCCGAGCCCACUCCAGCUCCCCACACUCCCCUGAGCGCCACCGCUCCAGGUCUAUAACGCGCUCUCCGUCAGCAGAGAGCAGGCACUGAGACCCCCCACCCCCUCCCAACCUUGUGUGUGUACGUUCACUACCUCUUCAGUGUGCAUAACAGUAUCGACCCAGGAAAGGGUUCACCUCGGGAGAAGAAUGCAGUGAGAUUCUGGAUGUUGGAUUGUCAUGAGCUAAAGGGUCCAACUUUCUAAUUAAAGCCAAAAGUGGCAAUUGAGGAUAAUACAACUGCUUCAGUCUUGCUUUUAUAGCAGACAUCCCUACACCUGAGUUGUGUGAAGAUGAGACUGGGGGAGGGCGGGGGACAAUUGUCCAUUGGUACUAAAUAAAUAUGGCAAGAUGGGCUGGGCUGGAAGUCUGCAGUGACCGUUGGCUUUUUUUCUUUCUUUUUUUUAAAUUUUUUUUAUAUAGCAUCACAAGGUGUGCAGGUUUACUGACUAUGUCUUUGUCAAUGUUUUAAGUGAUUUAUGAAAUCCUGUGAAAUAGUGGUAAUAUUUGUAUUCUGACCUGAAAAUGUAACCUUGUGCAUAUAGGGUUUUUUUUGUUCUGCAUUGGUGAGAGCAUUUUUUUUAAAUGUUCUCCUUUUUGAAGAAAGGUAUAAAAUGUACCUUUUUACUUUUUUGUAUUAAAGGAUUGGUUUCGAGUCCA